AUGUCUGACGCUGAAGAUGUAACAUUUGAGACAGCAGACGCUGGUGCGUCUUUGACGUAUCCAAUGCAAGCGGGUUCAAUAAAGAAGAAUGGAUUUUGUAUGCUAAAAGGGAAUCCAUGUAAAGUAGUAGAUUAUUCAACAUCUAAGACGGGUAAACAUGGGCAUGCAAAGGCACAUAUUGUUGGUCUAGAUAUAUUUACAGGAAAGAAAUAUGAGGAUAUAUGUCCAACUUCUCAUAAUAUGGAGGUACCUAAUGUAAAAAGAACAGAGUAUCAAUUAAUAGAUGUAAGUGAUGAUGGAUUUGUAUCUCUUCUUCUUGAUAAUGGGGAUCUAAAAAGUGACUUAACUCUACCUAAAGAUAGUGAAGGAAAUCUUGAUGAAGUUGCACAACAAAUUAAAUCUCUAUUUGCUGAUGGUAAAGGUAUUCUUGUCUCUGUUCUUGCUGCAUGUGAUAAAGAAAAAAUCGUUGCAUGUAAAGAAUUAUAA